UGACCAGGGAGAGAAGAGCUCAUCUCAUCGUCUAGCUUCACAGUGCGCGUGUUCCAUUCCAUCUCAUUGCUCUUUCGACAGGAUCACCGUCAGCUCAGGACUGUUCACAUCCAUCUUUCCCAUUGUACCUCUCCCGCAAACCCCAUAGCGAUUCCGGGUCCCAGUAUCCCUCCCUCCCUCCCCCAAUCACAUAACAUAACGAACCGGAAAGGAACCCAGGAAUCAUGUCAGAUUUACAGCGGUAUCUGCAGGACCUCGAGGUUCAUGCGGGUGGAGAAGCUGUACCGACAACAAGACUUCCAGCUUUACAUCCCUCGUCGAGAAUUGAGGUCGGCGGUCGGAACGAGCAGAUAAGUGUAGAUGCCGCAUUCGAGGCGGUGGAGAACUGCGUAGUGGGCUUUGCGCGGUUUAUUGGGCUGUUGACGGGCACCGACGAGGUGACGCUGGAGGUCGAGGGAAAAAGCCUUGUUGCGGUUGUGCGGAGAGAUACCGCAACCACAGAGGUCGUGUUGAGACUUGUGGAAGACACGGUGGUGGAGAGUGAUUUCGUAUUGCGGGUCGAGAACACAUCAGUAUCUCCGGAAUCACGAUGUCGAACGUCAUGCGCUGCGGAAGAAAAGCCUUUCGUUCUCACCCUCACCUCUACCACACUGGACCUCUCCUAUGCGCCAUCCAUUGUACCUCCGACGGCAGCAGCACACCUGCUCUCCGCCGUGGCCUCCUACAUGCUCCCAUCUGCGCCGCUGCCCGAUCUCUCCAUCCUGAACCAUUCCGCGCAAAAAGCGCCCUGUAACCCCGUAUUCACCCUUCUCCACUCCGGCUUCGAACACGCGGCCGCAACAUAUCCCAGCCAUCCCGCGCUCGACUUCCUGACGGGACUUCCAGCCUGCCACGAGGUCUACACGUAUGCCGAGCUUAACGCAGUGGCGAACAGAGUAGCGGCGGCAAUCCACGCAAUGGCGACAGAUGAACAGCGGAUUGUCCCAGUGUAUCUGGGCACCUCGCCGCAGCUGUAUAUCUCGUAUCUCGCCAUCCUCAAGUCUGGGCGUGCUUUCUGUCCGUUGCCGAUUGAUGCGCCGAUUGAGGGUCUGAGUGGCAUCCUCGCGGAUAUGGCAAACGGCAUUGUCAUCGGAAGAGGCGCUGUGCCGGCAAGCAUGGAAGGCAGGUGGCUGGAUAUCGAUGCGGCGAUCCGUACUCGCGAAUCCGCCACGACCACUCCAAUCGCCCCAAGAGAGGUCAUGCCGGAAGAUAUCGCGUACGUCCUCUACACCAGCGGCACAGAUGGGCGACCGAAGGGCGUGCAGAUCUCGCAUCUCUCAGCGACGUGUGCGAUCGAUUCAAACGCGCAAAUCCUCCCGCUGUCGACGUUUCCCGCCGUGCCUUCGCGGUGGUUCCAGUUUUCCGCACACACUUUUGGCCCCUCAAUCCUUGAGAUAUUCGUCACUUUGUCGUCGGGCGCGACACUGUGCUCGGCGGAGCGGGAACUGACACUGGCGAACGUGGAAGCGGUGACAACCUCGCUGCGCGCUUCCGUAAUGAUGGCUACGCCCUCUCUCACGGCCGCGAUGAAGCCCGCGCAGAUGCCCACACUGCGGAGUCUCUGGGCCAUGGGCGAAGUCCUUGGUCGACGCGUCAUCGACGGCUUUGCCGAGGACUCGCUCAUCCGUGGUAUCGUCACCGUGGAUGAUAGUGAGAAUGGACCGAGAGGUCUCACGAACGGAUAUGGGCCCGCCGAGGGUGCGAUAAAUUGUACCCUCUUCCCCUUUCCUGCCGACUACAGAGGUACCAUAAUUGGGCCUCCGCUGCCAACUUGCUCCCUGUUCGUUAUUGACCAGGAGAGUGAGAGGCCAUGUCCCCUGCCUCUGGGAUUGGUCGGGGAGUUGGCGAUCGGUGGCCCCCAGGUCGCGAUCGGGUACCUCAAUCGACCCGAGGAGACGGCACGGGCAUUUAUCGACUCCGAGUUCGGACGGCUGUACCGGACAGGUGAUAGAGCUCGAGUUGUCUGGACACGUGAGGGGGAACCAGUGAUCGAGUUCCUGGGACGCAUCAGCGAAAUAGCUACAAUUGGUUCCGGUCGAGUGAUUCUAGGUGAUGUUGAUGCGGCAGUGGAAACUGCACGCGGUGUUUCCCAGGUCGCAACAGUUGUAUGCUCCUCAAAACAGGGCGACAAGCUGGUUACUUGCGUCGUGCCAGCGCCGGGGGGAUUUGUGGAGGAGGUGUGCGACGAUCUGGUCACGGACAUGCUCCCGGCACAUAUGCGGCCGUGGAAAUAUGUCACGUUCCCGGUCUUGCCGACAAACUCAAGCGGAAGAUUGGAUCGUGCCGCUCUCACGAACGCCGUCGAAGUGGCAUUGAAAGACUGCCACCCAUCCUUCACUCCGGCCACCUCCCUGUCGGCGUCGGGCGAUGUAACACCCAGUCCCGAGCGCGCAAUAUCAUACUGGAAAACCCAGCUCGAUUCAUUCUCCCCAGAACCAUUCCCGCACCUUACCGGUCUCAAGACCAGUGCAAUCCGGCAAGUAUCCGAGACAGUCGAUAUCACAUCGAAGAUCUCGUCCGCCGACCUUGCGGAUAGAUCCCGUGCCGUCGAUUCAUCACCCUUGGCCGCGCUGCAAGCAGCAUGGGGACUAAUCUUGGCGUCGUACUCCGACACCAUGUCUGAGGAUAACGUCUUCGGCACUGUUCGCAUGGGUGUAUUCGACACUGGGUCGGGCGUGGUUCCGACACGCAUCAAUCUGGCGACCAUCUCGAAAGAGUCUCCGGCACGCGUUGAGUCUGUGCUGCAGCACCUCUCGCGCGCAAACGUCGAGGCGCUACAGCACCUGAAGUUUCCAGCCCAGGCUCUGUCGGGCACUCACGGUGAACCGCCAUAUUCCACGGUUCUCGCCUUCGAGACUCCCGCGAGUGAUAUCCUAAGCACCACCGCGACAUCCUUUGCCGUCGUGAUUGACGUCCUUCCUGCAGCGAAUGGCUCGUUGAAACUGAUAGCGACGUUCAAGGACGAGUUCUUGAGUAGGAGCGGCGCCGAGAUCAUGUUGCGCCAGAUGGAUGAUGUGUUGAUCCACAUACUCAGCCACCCAGAGAGCGUGUACACCGACGUGAGAUCUGAUGUGUCUCCCGAGUUGCGCUGUUCCUUGAAUCCCAAGCCUCAGGGCGAGCCGGAGCCGGAAGAUUGUUCUGCACUUCAGCUACACGGGCAAUUCGAGGAGCAUGCCAAAACUCAUCCCAGAGAUAUUGCUUUCAUCUUCAAGUAUGAUCUCGAUGAUGACUCGUGAGUAUUCCCCUGUACUUAUGCGAAAAGAUCCACUUAGGCUAACACUGGCGUAGUCGCGCGGUCCAAUGGACAUAUGCCGAGCUCAACGAGCGUGCCGAUCGACUUGCCACUUACCUGGUACAGACCUACGGCCCGCUGACCGACUGCUGCAUUCCUCUGUGUCUCCACAAAUCUCCAGAGCUAUACAUCUCCGUCCUCGCGGUCCUCAAGGCCGGCGGAGGAUGGUGUCCUAUCGAUCCCGCUUUCCCAGCGCAGCGCAAGC